GUAUUGCACAGACAAAAUCUUAAUUAAAUGUAAAAUAUAAUUCGAUUAUCUUAACGAAUGUACCUAGCGAGACAUUACAAUCAAAACAUUAAACGGCUUAUCGGAUGUAGUUCUUUCUGUUAAUUAAAAAGUCAAUCUUAUAACUUUUUAUGUUUCUUUAACUUUAUCAAUAGGCAUGUAAACUUAAAAUCAUGUUUCUGUUCGUCGUUAUUAUGUUGGUGGUUUCAAAUGUGGGGGGUCAAAAUGUCGCGACAACCUCUAAACCAUACAAUAUCGGAAUAUCCAGUGGCUACAAGGAUGUAUUCCUUGCUGGGAUGAAUGGGAAACCAACACUUGGAACAGCAGGAUCAACCUGUUGGGCACGCGGAGGCAUCUGUGUCGACCUUCAACAGUGCCCUUCACUGAAAAUGGAUGUUGGUGUCGCUGGCUGUGCGUGGGGCUUUAAAGUAUGCUGUAAAACCCACGGGGUCCUUCCUCCAACCGUGGGCACACAACGAAGAUACGCGAUACCCGUCAUAAGCAGUCUCGACGAAUUGGGAACCUCUUUAGACAUUAUCGCGCUCAGGAACUCCAUGCUCCUCGCGAGCUGGCAACGUGAGAAAAAUCCCGAAACUGAUGAUGUACACUUGAAAGACUUAUUGAAUAAAUAAAUAUUUUUGUAGCCUCA